AUGUCCAUCGAGACCGGACCCAUCAGCACAUCAAAUGCAACAGUCAACCAUGCACUUGAAUCUGAAUCUGAACAUGUUUCUUACUCCCAUGAGACGGUGAACCCGUCUACGGAAAAGACAGCCACCAAUAUUCUACAUGAAGCGACAGAAAUAUCCGACAGUCAUGUAACUGGCUCUGAGAAGCAGGUCCAUGCGGCAUCGGGAUCAGCCGAUCAACCGGUAGAGGAGGUACCUUCUGCCCAAGAUGACCCUCUGUAUCAAAUGGCAUCUACAGUGGCCCCAUCUCACCGAUCAGUUCACCGUGAUCCGAUGAGUCGGGUAACCACAGAUGCAGAGGGAAACACCUACCCAGAAGGUGGACGAGAAGCAUGGCUGGUGGUACUGGGAAGUUUCCUCGCCUUGUUUGGGUCCCUCGGACUGAUCAACACGAUUGGUACCUUCCAAGCCUAUAUUGAGAGCCAUCAAUUGAAAGAUUAUAGCUCCGGUGAUGUCGGCUGGAUUUUUGGCAUGUUCCCUUUCCUGACAUUUUUCUGUGGUGUUCAGAUUGGCCCCAUCUUUGAUGCUCGUGGUCCACGAGCGCUCAUCCUUGCUGGCUCGAUCUGUGAGAUGGCAUUUAUCAUUCUGCUUGGAUUCUGUACUCAGUACUGGCAUUUCAUGCUGGUCAUCGGUGUUCUGGGUGGCGUGGGAGCCUCUCUCAUCUUCACACCGGCCAUCUCAGCUGUCGGUCAUUUCUUCUAUGAGAAGCGUGGUCUUGCGACCGGUAUUGCAGCCACCGGAGGAUCAAUUGGAGGAGUCGUGUUCCCACUUACCCUUGAGGCAUUAUUCCCAAAAGUUGGUUGGGGAUGGGCAACCCGCGUUAUUGCCUUACUCUGCUUGAUUUCUCUGUCAAUUUCAAAUCUCUUGAUCAGAUCUCGCCUGCCACAAAAGCCCUUCUCUAAAGAGAACGUCCUCCCCGAUUUCAAAAUUUUCCGUGAUCCCCGAUUUGCCUUGACUACUGCGAGUGUUUUCUUUAUCGAAUGGGGUCUUUUCAUUCCCAUCAGCUACAUCUCAUCCUAUGCUCUCUACCAGGGCUUUUCGACUGAGUUCUCAUACCAGAUCCUUGCUAUAUUGAAUGUUGGCUCAUUCUUUGGACGAUGGUUACCAGGAUUCUUUGCAGAUUUUCUGGGUCGGUUUAAUACACUGAUCGUGACUGUGGCUCUCUGCUUACUCUGCAAUGCAUGCCUAUGGCUUCCCGCGGGCAACAGCUUGGCUCUACUGGUCAUCUAUGCUUUGAUUUUUGGAUUCGCCAGUGGAUCUAACAUUAGUUUGACGCCAGUCUGUGUUGGACAGCUUUGCAAAACGGAGCACUACGGCCGUUAUUACGCAACUGCAUAUACCAUUGUGAGCUUUGGAACUCUGACUGGUAUACCCAUUGCUGGUGAAAUUCUCGCACGAUGCAAUGGAGAAUAUUGGGGUCUUAUUGCAUUUACCAUUGCAUGCUAUGCUGCAGGAUUGAUCUGUUGCACAUCUGUCAAGGUUAUUCAAGUCGGUUGGCGUAAACCGUUGGCCAUUUACUAG